AUGACCGCUCACGAGCACUACCCAACAGAUGAUGCAGAAUGCCCACAUCACCUCGACCUCACAAUGAACAAGCCAACUCCCGCAGCAGCGAUCCUCACCUCGCAACAGCUCCAAGACCCAGAGAAGCAAAGCAACACCGACAUCCCUCCUCCCAAAACCUCAAUCUACGCAGGACUCGGCUGGCUCGACAGAUUCCUCGUCAUCUGGAUCCUCCUCGCCAUCAUCAUCGGUAUUCUACUCGGCAACCUUGUUGAAGAUGUCGGUCCCGCUCUGCAAAGAGGAAAGUUCGUCGACGUCUCGAUUCCCAUCGUUGUGGGCCUGCUGGUCAUGAUGUAUCCCAUUCUAUGCAAAGUCAAGUACGAAACGCUCCACAAAGUCUUCGCACAUCGACAGAUUUGGAUCCGGCUAGGCUUCAGCAUUGUUGUGAACUGGAUCGUCGCGCCAUUGGUUAUGCUUGGACUGGCGUGGGCGUUCCUGCCUGACGAGCCGGGGCUUAGGAAUGGGCUUAUCUUUGUUGGGUUGGCGCGGUGUAUCGCUAUGGUCCUCAUCUGGACCAACCUCGCCGGCGGCGACGAAGACUACUGCGCCAUCCUCGUAGCCGUCAACUCAAUCCUCCAAAUGGUCCUCUACGCCCCCCUCGCCAUCCUCUUCGUCAAAAUCAUCGGCCACGGCGGCGGCAACUCAGUCUCCUACUCCAUCGUCGCCCGCAGCGUCGGAGUCUUCCUAGGCGUCCCCCUCGCCGCAGCAAUCCUCACGCGCUUCACCCUCCGCGCCGUAAACGCCAAAUGGUACGACACCACCUUCCUCAAAUACCUCGCCCCCUGGUCCCUGAUCGGCCUCCUCUACACCAUCCUCGUCCUCUUCGCGUCGCAGGGGAAGCAAGUUGUGCAUCAAACUGUAUCGGUGGUGAGAGUAGCGGCGCCGCUGGUGUGUUAUUUUGCGGUGAUUUUCUUUGCGACGCUGUGCGUGUGUAGGAGGAUGGGGUUUGGGUAUAGGUUGUCGGCGACGCAGAGUUUCACGGCUGCGAGCAAUAAUGUUGAGCUGGCGAUUGCGGUGGCGGUGGCGACGUUUGGGGCGGAUAGUGAUGAGGCGUUGGCGAGUAUGGUGGGGCCGUUGGUUGAGGUGCCCGUGUUGGUUGGGUUGGUUUAUGUAAUCAAGUGGAUUGGGAGAAGGUGGUGUUGGGAUGAUUGA